GCAGAGAGCCGCCAUGAUUGUUUUGGAUGCGGGUCGCUCGGCGCCUCCUCCUCACAAACUCUCUUCUACACCUCAUAAAAUGUUGCUUAUUUGAAGUAUCGCUGAGUGUUGUAGCCAUUCAUCAUGAGCAUUACAAGUGAUGAGGUUAAUUUCCUGGUAUACAGGUAUCUUCAGGAAUCAGGUUUUUACCAUGCAGCUUAUGUAUUUGGGAUUGAGUCCCACAUAUCACAGUCAAACAUCAAUGGAGCAUUGGUCCCACCUGCAGCCCUACUUAGCAUCAUUCAGAAAGGUCUUCAAUAUACUGAGGCAGAGAUAAGUAUAGGAGAGGAUGGGUCGGAGAGAUUAAUAGACAGUCUGUCGCUAAUUGAUGCCGUGAUGCCAGAUGUUGUGGCUUCCAGGCAGAACACCACAACAAAACCAGUAGUGAAAACAGAAAUCCCCAGCACAAAUGGUGAUGAAGGGACUACUGGUGAAACUAUGGACGUUGAUAUUAGUGUGGAAAUUCCACUAAAUAAGGCAACAAUCUUACGAGGACAUGAAUCUGAAGUAUUUAUCUGCGCUUGGAACCCUACAACAGAUCUUCUGGCAUCAGGAUCGGGUGAUAGCACUGCACGUAUAUGGAACAUGAACGACAACACUACGUCUCCAAACCAAUUAGUUCUCAGGCAUUGUAUCCAGAAGGGCGGCACAGAGGUUCCUAGCAACAAAGACGUCACAUCUCUUGACUGGAAUUGUGAUGGAACACUUCUGGCAACUGGGUCCUAUGAUGGUUAUGCAAGAAUUUGGAUGACAGACGGGCGGCUGGCAUCUACUCUUGGACAACACAAGGGCCCAAUUUUUGCAUUGAAGUGGAAUAAAAAGGGAAACUACAUUCUGAGUGCAGGAGUAGACAAAACUACAAUCAUAUGGGAUGCGUCGUCUGGACACUGCACUCAACAGUUUGCCUUCCAUUCAGCUCCAGCCUUGGAUGUAGAUUGGCAGACAAAUACAUCAUUUGCUAGUUGUUCAACUGAUCAGUGUAUACACGUGUGCCAGCUUGGUCAAGAUAAACCAAUCAAGUCAUUCCAGGGACACACCAAUGAAGUCAAUGCUAUCAAGUGGGACCCACAGGGUAAUCUUCUUGCAUCAUGUUCUGAUGAUAUGACUCUUAAGAUUUGGUCGAUGCGGCAGGAUGCUUGUGUACAUGACCUACAGGCACACAGUAAAGAGAUAUACACAAUUAAAUGGUCACCAACGGGGCCUGGUACAAAUAAUCCAAAUAUGAACCUCAUCCUUGCUAGUGCUUCGUUUGACUCUACUGUACGACUCUGGGACGUAGAGCGUGGUGCCUGCAUACAUACACUUACCAGACACUCUGAACCAGUAUAUUCUGUGGCCUUUUCUCCUGAUGGCAAGUUCCUAGCAUCUGGGAGCUUUGAUAAGUGUGUCCAUAUAUGGUCCACUCAGUCAGGGCAGCUGGUCCACAGCUACAAAGGAACGGGAGGUAUAUUUGAGGUGUGCUGGAAUUCUCGAGGAGACAAAGUGGGAGCUUCAGCAUCAGACGGAAGUGUUUUUGUUUUGGACCUACGCAAGUAGCUGCAAUUAAUGUGCAUAAGCUUGAAAUUCGUUUUUUUAUCGGUUCUUAAGAACAAAUAACUGAAUAUAUGUAAGAAAAAUUUGCUUUUGUAAUAAACAGAAUUGCAAAGAGCAAUUGAUUAAUAUCAUAGAAGACAAAUUAAAUGGUUUUGAUAAUGAAUGAGUACAGAACAGUAUUGUCAUUUAUUAGGUUUUAAUGGUUUACUACAGUUAUGGUUGGGAUGGCUGCAUCUAUAUUUUGUAUCGUGACUGUAAAAAGCAAUUUUAUUUUAUCCCUCUGUGUACUGUCGAUCCUCGGUCUGUUUUGAGUGUUACAUGUCUGGAAUCUACUGCCUAGAGUGAGGUCAUGCACAUUGAACAAAACAUCAUUAGGCUCCUGAAACCUCAAGAGUUUCUUUAUUUUUUCUGUUUUCAGCAACACCUGUUCUUGUGUAUAAUUAAUAUAUUUGUUUGCUUCAAGAAGCUGCUGGAUGUUUUGAAUUAAUGUGAUCUAGAAGUGCAUUAAACACAACAUUUUUUGUAAGGAGUCAUGAGGUAGAAAAACUUGGUUUUUUAGUACGAAGGAUAACUUGAAGGCAAAGCAGGAGGACUUGGUGGAAAAACAGAGCUGUUUGACCUAUCGUGCACUAUGAAACAACUUGGGCGUCCACGACAACAUGCAUACCCCUGGACCAGCUCUUGUGCAUGCCCAGACAGUUUGUGUACAGACGUUUUUGGCAGCGUGCACUCUGAACUUAAUCUUAAAAAACAAAUCCGUGUGUGAUUGAAUGCGUGUGUACAGUACUCUGAACUCUUGCAAAUCAGGGAUCAACGGUACUAUUAAAUUUGAAUUAAAUAUUUUAGUUUGUUUGAAGAUGAUUCUCAGUGAAUUUUAAUGAUGGUGAUUGUUUACUGCACUGACAUGCUGUUAUACAUUUCAGUUUGAGUAUAUAUUCCUAAACUAUCGGUAAUUAUUUGCCAAGUGCUGAUGCAACCUGUCCUCUUACAAAUACUGUCGCUUUUCACGCGUUUGCUAUAAGGCCAAAAAUAGCCGUAAUCCAAAAUGGAAAUUUAUUUUCCACAAGGUUUCUCGGAUACUUUUGAUAUCGUUCGCCUUAUGCGUUUUUGUUCUCGUCUUGGCAUCCUUGGUGAUAUUUAGCGCCCUCUGAUUAUUUUGCGUAUUUGAUGGUGCUACAUAGCCUUCCCGGUUUGGUGCCUUCUUCUGAUAAUUACUUACUUACUUCCACAAGGUUUCACAACAUUAUGAAAACUAUUAAUUUAAACUGUCCUUUCCUAACCUAACAGACUAAGCCAGUGGACCCAAAACAGAAAACGGGA